AUGGCAUCCAGACGGUUGGCUCUCAACCUCCGCCAGGGCCUCAGGGCCCCCCGGGCCGGCCUCUCGCUGCCGCCGCUGCGCCGCGGCCUCGCAACGCCGGUGGCCUCGCCGACGCUCCAGACGCAGUCGACGACCCUGAAGAACGGCCUGACGGUCGCCACCCACUACUCCCCCUACGCCUCGACGUCCACCGUCGGCGUGUGGAUCGAUGCCGGCUCGCGGGCCGAGACCGAGGAGAACAACGGCACGGCGCACUUCCUGGAGCACCUGGCAUUCAAGGGCACCGCCAAGCGGUCGCAGCACCAGCUCGAGCUGGAGAUUGAGAACCUGGGCGCGCACCUGAACGCGUACACCUCGCGCGAAAACACCGUCUACUUCGCCAAGUCGCUCAACGACGACGUCCCCCAGUGCGUCGACAUCCUUGCCGACAUCCUGCAGAACUCCAAGCUCGAGGAGUCGGCCAUCGAGCGCGAGCGCGACGUGAUCCUGCGCGAGUCCGAGGAGGUCGAGAAGCAGCUCGAGGAGGUCGUCUUCGACCACCUGCACGCCACCGCCUUCCAGCAGCAGCCCCUCGGCCGCACCAUCCUCGGCCCCCGCAAGAACAUCCAGGAGAUCACCCGCACCGAGCUCACCAACUACAUCAAGAACAACUACACGGCCGACCGCAUGGUCCUGGUCGGUGCCGGCGGCAUCCCCCACGAGCAGCUCGUCGAGCUCGCCGAGAAGAACUUCACCAGCCUGCCCGCCUCGUCGCCCCAGACCGGCGCCUACCUGCAGUCCAAGAAGCGCUCCGACUUCAUCGGCUCCGACGUCCGCAUCCGCGACGACACCAUCCCCACCGCCAACAUUGCCAUUGCCGUCGAGGGCGUCAGCUGGAACGACGACGACUACUUCACCGCCCUGGUGACGCAGGCCAUUGUCGGCAACUACGACAAGGCCCUCGGCAACGCCCCGCACCAGGGCAGCAAGCUCAGCGGCCUCGUCCACAAGAACGACCUCGCCAACAGCUUCAUGAGCUUCUCCACCAGCUACAGCGACACCGGCCUCUGGGGCAUCUACCUCGUCUCGGACCAGCUGACCCGCAUCGACGACCUGGUCCACUUUGCCCUGCGCGAGUGGUCGCGCCUGUCCAUCAACGUCACCCAGGCCGAGGUCGAGCGCGCCAAGGCCCAGCUCAAGGCCUCCAUCCUGCUGUCCCUCGACGGCACCACCGCCGUCGCCGAGGACAUUGGCCGCCAGAUCAUCACCACCGGCAGCCGCAUGAGCCCCGCCGCCAUUGAGCGCGUCAUCGACGCCAUCACCGAGAAGGACGUCAUGGACUUUGCCCGCCGGAAACUGUGGGACCAGGACAUUGCCAUCAGCGCCGUCGGCAGCGUCGAGGAUCUGUUUGACUACGCCCGUAUCCGCGCCGACAUGAGCCGGAACUUUUAA